AUGAACCAGUCGCAUAUGCACCCUGUGGAGCGUCCACCAUCCACAGAUGCUAAUCUAUCAUAUCCAGACAUGGCGGGUUUUCAGCAACCUGCCACCUUCCACGAAGCGCCGCUAAUGAUGUCGCCACAUAACACAAUCUCCGAGUUCCCCCCGGCUCGGGCUUUCACUGAGAAUCUCAUGCAUAGCGACGAGUCCAUCCCAACAACCUUGGCCUCCAAGCUCAACAACUUUUACUUACAGACUCCGGGUAUGCCUGACACACCGGCGUUCCACCUGAGCCCCACGUUCGUCCAGGGCCCCCUCUUACAUACUCCUAAUUCUAUGACCAUGGUGACACCGACCGUGGCUCAGGAGAAGUUCCACUCCUCGCCAGAAUUCAUCACUGGUCCUGCUGCCUACCACUCGGACUCUGGUGUGCCAGCAAGUGUUGUAGCAUUCAACGAGGGCUUGCAGCUCACGUUCAUGGACCAAGUGGGAGGUCCGCAAUCCAAACAGAGCGCUAUUCGCCCUGACCUGACCGUCGACGUCAAUCCACUUGCCAACGUGGUCAAUAGACUGCAAAAGCCUACAGACAUGCUCGCUCACACCGACGACAGCGACACUGUGACGCAGGAGUCACCAAACUCUAUGGAAUACUUUGUCUCCUUCAAACGGGGGCCGUCUUCGGGCGAUUCUGAGCUCACUAUUGAGGACCUAUUGAAUGAAGACCCCUUUUCUGAAAUCACCAAUACUACUGACCCAAUAGAGGAGGAUACCAAGGGUGAUAGAGAGGAAGAUAUUUCAAGGUACUUGGACUUCAACGAUAUUCAGUCGUCACCCGUUGUACCAGAAGCGCAACCUACAGAGACCGUAGUUAAGUCUCGCUCAUCAAGAUCGCCUUCAGUCAAGGCAAAGGGGAAGUUCUCCCAGGCCAAGAUGCUCAUGAGCAGCACCAAUAAACAAAUUCGCAAACUGAAGUCGUUCAGUAAUGGACUCAAUCAGGGAACGUUGGCGGGCCCAGCGUUCUCCUUGGAGGAGUGUCUGAAUGAGUUCCACAUUGCGGAAGGAAACUAUGCGUUCCAGGACGAGACGGCCCGUCUCAACAUGCAACUUGGGCCUGCGCUUCCGUCAACGCUCUCCAAGCGCAAGUCUUCGUCUAAGUUGCCCAAAGCGCUUACUAGACCGGUUCUUCGUAAGCUGAAAACCACCACCAACUUGUGUCUGCAGACUGCGUUCCGGAGCUCACCCAAGGUGUUGAAGAACAUGGAGUCGGGACUAAUGUCGUUUCAACUCAACUUGAAAAACGCACCACCUGAAUAA